ACUGUCAUAGUUUUCAUCACAAAGCGCCACCGACGACAUCGCAAACGCUCCUCUCGGCUGCAUUUUCGUUGUUUUGCCGGCUUGUGGGAGUGAUAAGCAACUUUUCCUGUCAUCAGAACCGAUAAUUUUCCGGUACGUUCUCAGUUAUUAGUCAUCGCUUUUGGCAAAUUAGAUUAAACCGACGGAGAAAUUGAAUUAUAAAUCCUCUGGUGCAAGUACAGUGUUCAGUUUGGUCCAUACACGUUCAAUUUUCGGUCAGAAAACCGCAAAGCAAAUCCUCAAGAUGACCACUUGGCUGCCAUUGGAAUCCAAUCCGGAUGUGUUGAACAAAUAUCUGGAAAAGCUGGGCGUUUCACCUCUCUGGAACAUCGUCGACAUCUACGGCACGGAUGAGGAGCUGCUGGCUUUUGUUCCGCAGCCGCUCAAAUCGUUGAUUUUCCUGUUUCCCUGCUCGGAUGCGUACGAGGAGUUCCGCGCCAAAGAGGAUGCCGAGCUUAAGGCCAAGAACAUCGAGCACCCAAAAAGUCUGUUCUACAUGCGUCAGUAUGUGCACAAUGCCUGUGGCACGAUUGCCCUGGUCCAUGCCGUGCUGAACAAUCCGGAAAUCGAACUGACGGAGGGAAGCGUGAUGAAGAAGUACUGGGACGCUGCCAAGGAUAAAACCCCGGAAGAGCGUGGCAAGCUGCUGGGGAACGAUACCGGAUUUACCGAAACUCACGAAGUAAUUGCCAACGAGGGCCAAACGCCGGCCCCAGACAUCAACGAAAAGGUUUACCAUCAUUUCAUUGCCUUCGUGCAUCACGAGGGGAAGCUGUACGAGCUGGAUGGGCGGAAGAACUUCCCCAUCCAGCAUGGAGAAACGUCGCCGGAAAAGCUGCUGCACGAUGCGAUCGCCGUUUGCAAGGAAUACAUUGCCCGCGACCCCAAGGAAGUCCGGUUCACCAUGCUGGGUUUGGCCCCAACCCAGUAGAGUGAGUGGGGGAGGAAUACAACAUUGAAUACCAUUGAAGUCUGCGCUUAGCUUUUAUCGUAACUCAACUGCAUGGCCAUUGAAUAAUCAAACGAAGAGGAUCUCCGAGAGACUGCAAGAAGGUAAUUGCUUUAUAGUAGAAUGCCGGGAUUAUAGAGAUCCGGUACACUAACUUCUAGAAGUAUUUGUUGCUUUUGUAAGUCAACGUUUUUGAGGGUUGAUUCCCGCUUUUUGGUGUGAAAAUAUCACUAACUACGAAUAAAUUUGGAUUCCUGUAAGCAAAAA